AUGAACAGCAGCAGCAGCAGCUGGAGCCAGCCGCCUGCUGCAGCAGCAGCAGCAGCAGCUGGCGAGCAGCAGCAGUCCUCCCCAGCGCACGAGCCUCUGUCUGCUGCACUUCUAGCAGACACAGCAAAACGCAUGCAGCACGCAGACUCUUUCUGGGGGCAGCUCGAGGCAGCAGCAGCAGCAGAUGUGGGGCCCCAGAGAGCGAAACGGUAA